CUUGGAAUCUGACUCGAAAUAUCGCAUCUUAUCUUAUCAACCACAGGCUAACUGAAGCGGUCCUCGAUCGUUAUUGGCACUUCCUUGCUUUCACGUUGACGAGCACAAGCCUUGUGCAUAAACGUUCAAAUGCCAGGCAAAAUGCGUAAGAGGUCGCCCCUAAAAGCACCUGAGAGACCUUACAUUGCUCUUGGUCUCGAAGGAUCUGCAAACAAACUCGGCGCAGGCAUAAUUAAACACUCUCCAGACGGAUCAACUGAAGUCUUGGCCAAUGUUAGACACACCUACAUAACUCCUCCGGGGGAGGGCUUUCUCCCUCGGGAUACUGCUCAACAUCAUCGAACUUGGGCUCUUAGUGUUAUCAAUGAUGCUUUGAAGAAAGCAAAUGUAUCACUGCAUGAUAUUGACUGCAUUUGCUAUACGAAAGGCCCUGGCAUGGGCGCACCGCUAACAUCGGUCGCGCUAGUUGCGAGGACCCUCUCCCUGCUAUACCAUAAACCACUUGUGGGCGUGAAUCACUGCGUCGGCCAUAUUGAGAUGGGCAGACAGAUUACUGCUGCCAAGAAUCCAGUCGUUCUUUACGUGUCAGGUGGAAACACGCAAGUGAUUGCAUAUUCACAGCAAUGUUACCGAAUCUUCGGAGAGACACUCGACAUCGCAGUCGGAAACUGUCUAGACCGAUUUGCCAGAGUCAUCAACCUCAGUAAUGACCCAAGCCCUGGAUACAAUAUCGAACAAGAAGCAAAGAAGGGGAAGAGACUCUUACCACUCCCAUAUGCGACCAAGGGCAUGGACGUCAGCUUGUCUGGCAUACUGACUUCGAUCGAGACUUACACGCAGGACAAACGUUACCGACCGGAUGGCCCUAUCAACGACACCGAUUCGGACAUCAUCACGCCGCAGGACCUGUGUUUCUCCCUACAGGAGACUGUCUUUGCUAUGCUUGUGGAGAUUACUGAGCGUGCCAUGGCCCAUAUCGGAAGCAAAGAAGUGCUCAUCGUUGGAGGUGUUGGAUGCAAUGAGCGGUUGCAAGAGAUGAUGGGCAUCAUGGCGAAGGAACGUGAUGGUCUGGUAUUUGCAACUGACGAGCGAUUCUGCAUCGACAACGGCAUCAUGAUUGCUCAGGCUGGUCUGCUUAGUUAUCGGAUGGGUUUCCAGACCUCACUUGCAAAGAGCACAUGUACACAAAGAUUCCGUACUGACCAAGUUCAUGUGUCAUGGAGGGCAUAGUAGACUAUGCAGCAACAAAAAAAAGAUAUUGCGAAUCACCCACCAACCUCAUUGUACAAUUCAAAGCCUUAUCGUCUGUGUAUACUAAUGUACUCUAUCCAGAAUCCACAAUAUCGACGUCGUUAAAGAAAUGUAGCUGAUGGCGUGACUCUAGUGACAUGAGAAUCAACAAGUUCCCAUCCUUCCUUGUCAGAAAUACUCAUUUCCUCACCCAGUUUCUCGUACCUGUCCCACCACCAUUGGUCAAUCUCCCCGUACUCUCCGCCGGAUCCUGGAGGUGUACUCCAUGGUUUCUCAUGGAAUAUAUAGUGCAAACACCGCACCUCUUCAUCC